AUGAUUGGCUCCUCGGACAUCUUGGCUCUGGCUCGCGGUCAUGAGCAGACGGACUCUAGGACCCAGCAAACUAGCAAGCUGCCCGAUCACCUCUCCCUCCCGCCCUUGCCCCGCCCUUGGCAUCCUGGCCCCGCCCACCACAGUGAUUCGGUGCUACUGUGUGAGUUCAGAACUGGACCAGGUCCAGCUGUGGACCGGCCCGAGAUCAGAACUGGGCUCCAGACUGAGAUCGGAAGUGGAGGGAUCCGGAUUGUAAGUAAGACUGGGAUCGGAACUGGACUAGAGCCGCGGCUACUCUUCAUCACCCCAGAGCCCUGCCCAGAUGUGGACUUGGUGCUACGCCUCCUGACUGGUGGUUACCAGGCAACGAGGGGUGGAGGCAGUUACCAGGCAAUGAGGGAUGGCGACAGGGACCAGAGUGACUCGUGGAUGUUGCUAGGCGACGGGCGGUCGGGCGUGUUUGUGUAUGCACACUACGUGCCACUGGUGGAUCAGCGAGCCCGUGUUGCCAUAGCGCUGGUGUCACAUGACUCUUUGAAGCUGGUCAGGGAGUUACAGGAGCUCAAUAAGGCCUUUAGCCAGGUAUCACACACACUUCACACUACACACACACUCAAGACUAAGCACAUACACACACUCACUCACACAGAGACAACAACCGUAAAUGACCCAGACAAACACCUUCACACUCACUCACAUACACAUUUAGAGACAACAGGCGUAAACAAUGCACACACACAUUUACACACAGAGUCACACACACAGAUAGACACCAACCAGAGUGGCAGAGAAGAGGAAAGAGAAAUUAGGGAAGAGGAGGUAGAGAGAGAGGGAGUAGAGAGAUGGAGAGAUGAAGAGAACAAAAGGAGGAAAGAAGAAAUGAAUAGACAUAAAGAUGAGAGUAAAAGAGAGAGAAAGGAGGAGAGGAGGGAAGAUGAGGAGGAGAGUAAUAGUUCGACUCAUCCAGAAGGGGCAGGGUUGGCAGAAAUGGGGGUGGGGCCAGGGCCCAUGGCAGAGAGCUGUGAUUGGUUCCUCUCUCAGCAGACCGUGGACUCGCUCUGUGCCAUCCAGGUGCGUUUCUGUGGUGAUGCUAGCCUCCUUGUCCACCAGAGAGAGUGUGCGAGUCUCUUGUCCCGCCUAUCCACCACCAACUUCCUGUUUGAGGACCCGCCCCCUCCGCAGCAGCACACAUCUCCCAGCAACCCUCUCCAUGGAAAUGCUGCUGACAUCUCCUGCGUGGAGGCAGUGCCAAUCAAACUGGAGGCCGAGCCUGAGGAUCGAGUCAACCAAUCACGUGGCUCUCCCAGCGCCCAUGUGACCACCAGGCCCACAUGGGAGGAGGACGAUGGCGUUUCCAUGGAGACAGGCAGCCACAGCAGUGGCGACAGCAUCGAGGUUCUGGCCACGGAGCGUUCCCUUAGAGACGACCCUGUCGCCAUGGAGCGCUCCCUUAGAGACGACUCUGUAGCAGUGGAGUGUUCCCUUAGAGAUGACCCUGUCGCCAUGGAGACCAGCUGGAACCCCUCUGUCCAGCAGCCCAUUGCCUUGGUGAGCAGGUGGGGAGCGCAGCGCACAGACAGCCAGGACAGCAGCAUCGAGGUGCUGAGCAGAGAUCACAGCUUUCUGUGGGAGGACUUCCGGCCCGCUGAUACGCUGCCGCACAGCCUCAUGGGAACUGUAGUCCAAGAGGAGGAGGAAGAGGAGGGGGAUUGGCAGGGGGACGUGGGAACUGUAGUCCAAGAAGAAGAGGACUUAACAGGGACUGUGGGCUUUUUCCAGAACAAUGCAGAGCAACAGAGGUUCAUGGGUCCUGUAGUCCAAGAUAAUGCAGAGCAGCAGAGGUUCAUGGCUACUGUAGUCCAAGAAUGUCAGUUCUCACUGUGCACACCAACAAACCCGGAUUUACAUCACCAUGACAACAUGUUUCAGGAAGCGUGUCCCCUAGUUGGACUCCUCCCACUUUGCCCCAAUGGUCAGAAGGAUAGAGACGCUGCCCUGCUCAGCUGUGCUUCCUGGCGUUAUGGGCACGACAAGGGCCAAGCUGCACUGCGAUUGGUGCGUAACUGGGGACACGCCCACCAGGCACUGUUCAGCCUUCUGACUGGCCGGCCACUGGUGGUGCUGGGAAAUGACGAGGAGAGGGUGCGGGAUCUGGUGCUUGCACUAGAGCUCUUCCUGCCCAACACACAUGCAGACACAUACACACACACUCAUGCAGACACACACACACCCAGAGUGUUGCCCUGGUGUUGCCGGCCCAUCCAGAUAACCGACCUCCUGGAGUUUGGCAUCAUAGGACUCAACAGAAGGUUCUGUCAGUCCUCUCCCAGCAUGCCGCUGUGUCUGGAGCGCUACGCUCGUUACCUCAGCAUUCUGGACGCCGAUCACAUGACUCUCCAAUGCCCCGCCUACCACGGCACUCUGAUUGGUCCACUGACAAAGCCCCAAUCACAGCUUAGAGAAGGCAGGACUUACGCGCUGCUGGUGCAGAGUUCUCUGACACGAUUGGCUGCUCGAGCGUUCCAUCGCGUCUUCACAGGCCAUGAGGCGGAGCUGUCUCCCGGGGCGACGGAUGACAUCAGGAUCCUGGAGUACCUGUGUGACAUCAUCAAGCUGCGCCACACUCACCACGCCCCCUCCAGUGUUCUCCGAUUCAGCUAUCAGCCGUGCACACACUUCAGAUAAAUACACACACACACACACACACACACACACUAUUCUGCUACCAGCCGUGAACACUCUUCAGAUAAACACACGCACACACACACACACUAUUGUGCUACUAGCCGUGCACACUCUUCAGAUUAGAGGCGAUUGCUCUUAGAGUACAGGGGAAGCUCAGCCUCCUCUAAAAUAUCAUGGAGAAAAUGAGUGAGUGGGCUGGUCUCAGUGCAGAAAAAGUUAGAUGAUUAUUGGACAAACACCACAAAAUAGCCCAGCUUCCCUGGGGGUGAAUGAGACAGUGGGAUGGCCCGGACGCCGAGCUUCUGUAUGAUAAUUGGAGGAACCGUCAUAGUGGCCGAACUCUUUUAGAUUGACAGCAUAUGUCGCGAUUGGAGAGGAAGUUCAGGGAUGCGUUAACGUUUCGGUUGGCAGGUGAAGUGGAGAGGCAAGGCAAGUUGCAGCUGAAAUGUUCUAUUCAAUUGCAGCUUUUGUACAUAUCCCACUGUAAAUAAAACCAUAAUGUGGAGUUAA